GUGGCCGGUCGGCAGUCGACGAUCGACAGUCGCGGCGACCGUAUCGGCACGUGUGUAUCGCGAGCUUAUCGCGUCAAAAUUUCUCGCACCAUUUCGGAGCAAACGCUUCGAAAAAUUCGGGCCUGCUCUCGGCGAACAGUCGUGUAAAAAUUCCUACGUAUUUACCUGCGAUUCCACGAAUUCCGCGUGUAAAUACGACCGCAGAUUUUUGCAUAUUCCGGAAAAAGUAGCCGCGCUAUUAUCGACACACUCCACUCUCGGCAAACAACGUAAUCGCCUUCGGCGAAAUUUAUAUCUCGGUAAUCUAUCGAGGAUGCUACAUUACUCGACGCUUGGCUCGUAACGAUAUAUACGGGGUGUCGUGAACAAAAUAUUCUGCCGAAACGAAGAACGUGAACGUCGAGACGCAGGUGUUUUAGUCGGCGGUUUACUCACUGACGGAUUCCGUUUGAGCGAUCUCACGAUAGAUCGAACCACUGGACCAGGCAGGGACGCAAAUCGCAACAAAUCGGCUCGCGGCUGCUUCGAGUCGAACCUCGACCGAAAGGCAACGAAUCGCGCACCGAUCGUCUAAUUGUAAGCGGCUCGGCGCUAUCUUAUCGGUAUCUCGACAUCGCGCGCGGAAAAUAAGCGUGAAGGUGAGGAGGUGCGUGUGCCGGCGCGGCUCGUGUCCCUGAAAGAAAGAUUACGCAACGCAGACGGCAGAGGCACGAUGAAGUCGAAGACGAGCGCGAGCGAGAGCUUGAUAGCAAGUGAAAGCAGGGCGGGGAUCAUGAAAGACGGUGUCGACCAGCACAAGCAAAAACCGUUGAAAAAAGGUAAAACGUUUUGUCAAUCUUGUAAGAAGAAGUGCAGUGGGGAGGUACUGCGGGUGCAGGACAAAUACUUUCACAUAGGGUGCUUCAAGUGUGCUCAGUGCAACGCCAGUUUGGCGCAGGGUGGUUUCUUCGCACGUGAGGGCUCCUAUUAUUGCACCAAGGAUUAUCGGGAGCGCUGGGGCACGCGAUGUGCCGGUUGCGGAGAAUAUGUGGAGGGUGAUGUGGUGACAGCCGGCGAGAAGCACGCGUUCCAUCCGAAUUGUUUCCAUUGCCAAAGAUGCCGGCAACCGUUGCUGGGACAAGGAACAAAAGUGUCCCUUGUUCAAGGUCAAGCGCUAUGUCACCGAUGCGUUGGUAUCCCGGUCCGGGAGGCCUCCACGCCGAUCAGCAAUAGCGCCGGUACCAAGGGCGGCGGACAAGAUCCUGGUGCCUGCGCCGGUUGUGGAAACCAAUUGAGGGAAGGUCAGGCAUUGGUCGCGCUCGAUCGUCAAUGGCACGUCUGGUGCUUCAAGUGUUAUAGCUGCGACACUGUGCUCCACGGGGAAUACAUGGGAAAAGACGGCGUGCCUUACUGCGAGAAGGAUUAUCAGAAGCAGUUUGGAGUUAAGUGCGCCUACUGUAACCGUUACAUCAGCGGCAAGGUUUUGCAGGCCGGCGACAAUCAUCAUUUCCAUCCGACUUGCGCGCGCUGCACGAAAUGCGGCGACCCGUUCGGUGACGGGGAGGAAAUGUACCUGCAGGGUGCUGCCAUAUGGCAUCCACGCUGCGGUCCAGGACCUACCGGACCCAAUGGCAUCGUGAACGGACACGGGGACGCUCACACCCCGCAACAUCGAGAAUCGGAGCGAAUUUCCAGCAGCGCUUCGGAGAUGCAGUUUUCAUUGCGGUCACGCACGCCAAGCCUGAACGGAUCGCUGUGCAGCCCUUACAGCAGCCUCAGUCGCAAGUAUUAUCCCGCUCGAACUGGAAGCCCCGGCCUGAUCCUGCGAGAAUACGGACGACCGGCGGAAGAUGUGUCUAGGAUUUAUACUUACUCAUACUUGACUGAAACGCCCAGUCAAGGAUAUCUGAGACGUCCGAUACAACCGUACGAUAAACCCCCCACUAGCCCGCAUUUUCAUAGACCUAGCUCAUCUCGUUCGAUAAGAAGCAGCGGUGGACGCAGCAGCAGAUCAGGAAUGAGAGCUUUGGUCGAUGCAUUGAGCGACACCAGACCGAAAUCGCCGGCAAGCCAGGUGGAUAACGAUGAGCCGAUAGAACUAGCGCAUUAUCCGGACGCCAUGAAACCACCCCCGGGGGCACAACCACCAAUCGAAAGAGAUGAUUUCCCCGCUCCGCCAUAUCCUUACACUGAUCCUGAGAGACGUAGACGAUGGUCCGACACUUACAAGGGAGUACCUGCAUCUGAUGAUGAGGAUGAUGUGGAUAACAAAACAUAUAUCAAGGAGGCGGAGCAGAAAUUAAAAAAAGAACAGGAUGAAUUGAGCAAAAUCGACACGGGAAUAGCUAAGGUAUUCCUGCAUGAUCGCGAAAAAGAUCGGGAGAAUUUGAGACACAGGGCUGCGAACGUCGAUCCUAGAAAUGCCUCGAGGACACCGUCUGCCGCCAGGGAACCAACGUACCGAUUGCGCUACGAGAGUCCCGUCGGUGCAUCGCCUUCACGGAAUAUCGAUCAUGCACGACCUUGGGAGGAUGAGGAUGGCUUCAGCUACAGAUCUAGCGGGCCUAGCUACAACGUUGGGAGGUCAUCGGCGCGCUCCCCGGCUCCCAGAAACUAUCCACCCCUUGGUACUCAGCGCGCCUUCACUCUUCCAAACGCCACUAGGCACUAUCACUCGGUGAUUGUGAGCUCCCUUCGGCACAUCCCGAAGCCGGGGUACGGUCUGGCACCGCGAAGUCACACCUUCUCCUCGACCGGCGGUUCCGUGUCUGCUCUCCCUGGCGACUAUUCCUUCAGCGGGAUGGGCGACAAGACGCACAGCACUGACUUCUCGUCUGGCAAGUCGGACAUAUCAACAGGCAGCAUCACGGAUGUGGAUCGACGGGCAUUGAAUGAUGGUGGAAUCCUUCCAUCGUCCACCACGUAUACGGGUGGCCUAGGUUCGGUUGUUGGAGGCCACCACGGGGGUCACCACGUAAGAAGAUCGCUGCCGGACAUGGGGGCUGCGCCAACCGAACCACCCAAGCUUUAUCCCUACCAUUUACUUGUUAUCACCAACUACAGGCUGCCAGCUGACGUGGAUCGUUGCAAUCUCGAGCGACACCUCUCCGACGCGGAAUUCGAAGCUGUUCUACAGUGCUCCCGAGCGGAAUUCUACAGACUGCCACAGUGGCGUCGCAAUGAAAUCAAAAGACGUGCCCGUCUCUUUUAAUUCACGCCACACAAUUUGCUUAUUACACAUCGCAUCGUGUCGCGAUUGCGUUACUGCGGUACGGACCGUACAUUCCUACUGCGUGGGUAGGUGCAUCGCGGAGAAAAAAAAUGUGUUCGACAACCAUUGCGAAUAUCUGCCGGCCGACGUGUGCUCGCAAAAAUGAGAGCUCCUCUAGACUAGGGCGCACGCGACCCAGACGCAUACGCAUACGCACACAACACACAUAUAAUGAUGCGGAAGCACUGCCACUUGUCGUCAAUUUUUUUCUCGCAGCAACGAAUCCACAGGCAGCUUUAUCUAUGACCCGAUCUGUUUAGCGACGUAGUCGUUUCCGAGUUCCAUCAUUCGGAGCUCUAUCGUGACUUGGUUUCACUCAUACACGUUGAAUACGCAAUGACAGUUGAUAUUAACGUAUAGGGGAGAAGAUAAUCAAAUACAAGAGAUUACGAUUAAAACUCUUAAUACAAUUUGCUAUUGUAAAUAAGAAGUUAAUCGAGAAAUCGAAAAGCGUGAGGGAGCAGCUAGGAAAGUUUCAAAGUACAUAACCGCGUAUUCGCUAAAUCGCAUACAUACAUAUUAACUUUGUGGAAGAUUACGACGCAAGGAAAAAAAACGCUACUCUAUGUAGGAUUUAUCAUUAUUAUUAAUUUUUAAUUACUAUUAAUAUUAUUAUUAAUAUUAUAUUUUACUAUGUGCAACAUGAAGAACUAAGAGUAGGUGAGCCCAGCUUGCUGAAUGGUGCGAUUGCACUGAUUAAUCGGACGAUUUGCGUGUGAUUUGUCACUUACUCUGCGACAAGGAUUAUUUUACAAUGUAGCUUGCGCGCAAAUACGAUGCCCUUGUGUGAGAAGAUAUCAAUUUGUCUUUAUCCUUUUAAUUAUCCGUGAUGUAUUAACUAAAGAAACGCUCUGCGGUGCGGAUUGCGAUAGACUUCUAUAAUCACUCGAUCACUCUACAUUAGAGUAUAACUAAGAAAAUCAGGACCAAAUUUAUAGUUGUGGUGGAUCUAGCAAUAACAUGGAAGGUGUUUUAUCACAUUUUAAUCAUACACGGAUUUAUUGUCACAUUCAACUUGUAGCAAUUUUCGCAAUAUUUUAGAAGUAGCAUAAGACAAAUUUUUUAAUCUUAUAUUCAUAUUCAUCUAUUUGGAACGGGUAGUGAUUCUUAACAUUUUUUUAAUGGAAGCGCUUAUUUAUAAUAUAUACCAAAAAGAAAAUUUCCAAUAUUUGAAACUAAAAAGAGAUGCAUUUUAUGCGGGAUGCAAAAACCACUCUUAUCGCGUAUCUCAUUAUAUUUUAUGCUACUCUCAGAAUAAUAUAUAAGUGAUAAUUUCAUUAAUUAUUAUUACUAAUUAAGCGAAAACUUUAAUUUUGUAGAUAUCGUAGCGAUCGUCCUCCACCCUUAAAUUAGGUCCUGCACAGAAUUAAAAAAUUUCGAAGUAAUAGAUCCAGCAGUUAAGCUAAUACUGGACGUACACGCGUCUAUUGAAUAGAGCAGAUUUAUGCAAAGCGAAUAAAGUUGAAUUUUCAUAUAUAGGUGAGAAACUCGACGUAUCGAAGUUCCGACUGUUACGCCGUAUGAUUAUUAUAUAUCUAGAUGAGUUUACUACGUAUUUGGAUAUGCAUGCGUGCAAUAAGAUUGACACGCUUCGUUCGAACGAAGUCACCGAACUACUUUGCUACCGACGCGCGUGCGACAUUUUAUCAAAUCAGCUGCGUUUUAUUAUCCACACAUUUCGCCCCCCUUACCUUAAGUCAUGUGCCUAACAAAUUAAUGUCGUGGGACAUUUGUGAGGGAGAGAGAGGAAUCGUUAGUCUUAUAAAGCGACCUAUACAUGCUUUGUGUAAGAUUCACAAUUCCUACCGAGGCAACACAUUCUGGAUCCCUUCAAAGCGACGAUCCUUUACGACGAUCUUUCAAGUGUCUUUGGAAUCUUUGUGUUGCCUUCGGUAAGCUUCGUCACGAAGAAAAUUCGACGUGCUCCAUGAUCGCUAACACACAAUUGAAUGAUUAUUUCGUUACCUCGAUGUCGUUUGAGAUCGACAUCGCUGUAAAAUCUCUUUCUUUUCUUUUUUUCUUACAAAUAUACUUUGCUCGUGUAAAAUGUAUUCGUGUAAUUCUUUUUUAUUUUGUUCUUAUUAUAUGUAAGUCUCGCGUCGGAUCCUAUUGAUUUUGUGUACAAUCGCACUCUUGAUCAUGGCGCAACGUUGUUGUUCUCACUGUGCAAUGCGAACCAAUGUAUGUUUCUGUUGUAUAGAGCACAUUGCUUCCGCUAGUCCCUAAAGUUAAAUAAAUGCAAAACAAAAAAGCUAA